AUGAAUAAAAUUAGGGGCCUUCCACCUGAGGUCAGGGAACCAGGCCCUGGAGUAGAACUUGGGGUGGAAGAUGGCCUUCUUUGUCAACUGAUUCAUUCUCCAGAAUUCAACCUCUUCUCCGACUCGGCGGUGUUUGAAAGCAACUUUAUCCAGGUCACUAAGCCCGGGAACUGGAUGGAUGUCUGUGAAGGGUCUACCACUGUGAUCCUCGGGGUGACCUCCUCGGUGCCCUCCUUGCCACUCCCCAACAUCCUCCUGAUGGCCAACGUCACCUGGCCGCAGGGUCAGUCUUCCACUUGGAGCCCACCUGGUUGUGCUCCAGUCAUCACCCUCAGCAGGAUUCUCCCCCUGAAGUAUGUGGAGCUGCGAAUCUGCGACCGGCUCCAACGCAUCCUGAGGGUUAGGACGGUGACUGAAAAGAUCUACUACCUGAGGCUCCAUGAAAAACAUCCAGAGGCCGUGUUUCAAUUCUGGAUCCGCUUGGUGAAAAUUCUGCAGAAAGGUCUGUCCAUCACCACCAAAGACCCAAGAAUCCAGUUCACUCACUGCCUGGUGCCCAGGAUGCCCAGCAGCUCCACCGAAACAACACCUGAAAGCAGCCUCCCGUCAUCCUCCCAGCCCAGUGAAAGCUUCCUGCUGUCGGCAGCUGAGCAGACAAGUGGCAGUUUCUCACAUCUCACAGGAAGGUCUCAGCUCACAGCAGACAGAAACUCUGACACUGCCAUUGAGACAGAUGAUUUCAACAGCUGCAAGACACUCUCACCUGUGGCAUCUCCAGUCAAUAUGAAUGUACCCAUGAGAGCCACCUUGAGCCACAGCCUCUGGGAACAAGACAAUCCGGAGGAGCACUUCCUUCAGACUCCUGUAGCCAGUGCCCUUGGACAGAACUUUUUGGGACCCUGAGAUGGAGCUAAAACGUGGUGAUCUUCCCUGACUUUAUUCAGUCACUUGCUACAACCUCCUAUAAUGCUGUGUUCCCAUUGUGGGCCAAACUCCAUGAGAGAGGUGAGAUGGUGUUUAUCACAAGGUGCUUCUGUACUUCCACCAAUAAACCUACA